CCUAAAACACGCCGUCGUCACGUGACUUGCCGAAGCAGCGCAUGUCGUUAGAAACCGCACACCGGCUGGAGGUUUGACAGCUGUUUCUCACCUGCUAUUGAACGCGAGUUAAAUAAAAACAAGCAUUUCUCCCGUUUAGUUUACUUUGACCAAAAGUUUUUCCAGGUGGUCAGUCGCUCAGAAUGUCAGCUGUGGAACCGGAAAAAGCGACAGGCACCGAAAGUGUGGAGGACGAGGAUUGGCUGUACGGAGAGGACGUUGACAAUGGCAGAGAUGUGGCCGAAGCUGCUGGCGACGAGGACGAUGAAAAGAAGACAGAGACUGAAAUUUUCAGUGCUUUGGUUGGAGAUGUGGAAGGCGUUAAUAGAGUGGACCAUCAGGAUGGAGAUGCGGACAGCAACACGGACAGCGACGACAACUUGCGAGUUACGAUCGGCGACAUCAAAACAGACAGGAUGCAGAGCAUCAACUCUCAUGUCAGUCUCAAGACCUCGGGAAUAACCACUGUGUCAGGCGGAAAGGUCUCUGGCUCUGUUGCAGUGGAUGGUUUCCCUGGUGCUCCAUCACUAGAGGUGGAGGGAGAGUUGGAGGAGAAACCUUGGAGAAGACCAGGUGCGGACCUGUCCGACUAUUUUAACUACGGCUUCAACGAGGACACCUGGAAGACCUACUGUGACAAACAGAGGAGGCUGCGCAUGAGCCUAGAGUUCAUGUCCUUAGGCUCAUCUGAGAAGAGCAAGGGUCAUCAUGAUGAGCCCGUCUCUAAAUCCGAUCUCUCGUCCAGUGUGUGUGUGUCUGCGGGUGAAUGCAGGACGCCGAAAAGCUCCAUCGAUGUAAUCGGAGGGCAAACAGAGACCAUCGUUUGUGUGGAAGGGCAAAGACUAAACAGCACAGAUGGAAACAGCAUGCAGGUGCAAUCCUUCUCCGAACACCCCAUGGACGCUGAGCCACCGUCCUCCAAGCUGCCUCCUUUCUUUGCCCCCACCAUUCCACCACCACCUUUUCCUCCUCUUCCCAACACACCUCUUUUUCUACCACACCCACCACGUUUUCCACUUCCUCCUGAAGUUCCUCCUCUCCCUUUACAUCAGGCAGUGGCCAUCCAGGAGGAAGCUACGACAGCCGUUGUGCCCCGUACUUCCCCUUUGCUGCAGGACACAGCGAGUCGUUCAUGUGUGGUGCAGGUGUGUAUCCACAUACUCUCGGGCCCAUGAAUCCCUGGCUGGGUGUGAGUGACCAUGCCAAAGCAUGGAACUAUCACAGCAGCCAGGACAACCCGAGAGAACGGGUGAAGGACAGAGAGAGAACGCGAGAACGUGAGCGGGCCCGAGAGCCAAAGAAAGAGCAGGAGAGAGAGCGUGAUCAGGAGAACACCCUGGCGUUUCCGAGCCGCAGCAGCGACAAAGAGCGUGCAUCACGUCACAGAGACCAUAGCGUUCGAGAGAGCGAUAGACAACGGGAACAUGAGCGAGAGAGAGAAAGAGAAGACCGUCGUCGUGAAAGGAGACACAGGGAACGUAACGAGCGACACAAGUCCUCUCGCAGUAGCAGUUGGAGAAAGCACUCCAUUGAUGAUGGAGAGAGCCACAGGAGACACCGAUUAAAGCGCUCGAAAUGCAACAAGGACAGCACAGACACCGGGUCCACCGAAUGACGAGGGGAGAUCGUACGUCAUUCGUACGCGUGAACGUUAAUUCAAAGCCACGUUUAUUUUCAUUUUAUUCUGGAAAACUAUUUUAUUAUCCAGCGUUUUCACAAAACCAAAGACAAUGAACAAAAUCGUCCUUUUUUUUUCUCUUUAAUUUAAUCUAAUUUAUUCUAAUAUGCAAUUAUCGAUUAUUAUUACUAUGAACUGUGUUUAUGUUUAUGGCAAAUUGUGCUUUUGUUGCCGGAUGAAAACAGUAUUAUAAAUGAUUUGGUGAAUCAGU